AUGGCAAAAAGGACGCAAGAAAAUACAAUAUUUAAAUAUUUAUUUAAAAAAUCUAAACCUGGUUCUACUGAAAAUCAGUGUUCAAGUGUUUUCGACAGUGAUACUGCCUCAAGUAGUUCUGGUACUUCUGCUGCCGUUCCUGGGACUGUGGAUGUUGUUUCUCAGCAUGUUUUAGAUGUGCGCUAUUAUACGGGAUCAAACACCAAAAUUGGUGAUGAUUUAAAGUACAGAUUGUUGAAAUCUCUUUGGAUGCCAGAAAAGACAUUUAAGUUUCCAGUAAGUGACGAUAAAAGAAAGCUAAAAUUUAAAAUGCAAUGGUUUGAACGGUUCUGGAGGUUGGUUUACACGAGUACAGGGCAACAAGGUGCUUUGUGCAAAUAUUGUGUAUUAUUUGCCAGAGAUUGCGUAGGUAAAGGCUCUCAUCAGCAGUUGAAAUCCUUAGUUUCUCAGCCGCUUACUAAAUGGAAAGAUGCUGUACAUGAUUUCAAACAUCACAGUGAAAGCCAGUACCACAAAUCUUUUGCAUUAUUGGCUGAUAAUUUUAUGAAGGUGUAUAAUAAAUCUCAACCAAAUAUAAUAAUUCAGAUUGAUAGCGGAUACCUAGCGUAA